AUGUCUGGAGUAUGGGGCUGGUUUGGUGGCCAGAGUGCCCAAAAGAGGAAAGAUACACCAAAAAACGCUAUUCUAGGCUUAAGAUCACAACUAGAAAUGUUGCAGAAAAGAGAGAGACAUCUACAAAACCAGAUGGAUGAACAAGAGGCGAUUGCAAGGAAAAAUGUGAACUCCAAUAAGAAUGCUGCUAAAGCUGCACUUCGACGAAAGAAGCAACAUGAACACACCCUUGAACAAACUACCGCUCAAGUUGCCACUCUAGAGCAGCAAAUCUAUUCCAUUGAAGCUGCUAAUAUCAACCGAGAGACUCUCGCUGCAAUGGAACGUGCAGGUGAAGCCAUGCAACAGAUCCACGGAAAGUUAAACAUCAAUAAAGUCGACGAUACAAUGGAAAAAUUACGGGAACAACAUGCGCUGGGUGAAGAAAUAGCCCAAGCUAUUACAAGUGCACCCAUAGGGGAACCUAUUGAUGAAACAGAGCUUGAUGAUGAGCUUGCCGAACUCGAACAAGAGCAAUUAGAUAACCAGAUGCUUGGGACAGGUACUCUACCCAUUCAGGAUCGAAUACAAAGAUUACCUGCAGCUGGAACCACUGAGAUCAAGGGCAAGCAACCAGUAAAUUCUGAAGAGGAUGAUGAAGAGGAAGAAUUGCGUAAGCUCCAGGCAGAAAUGGCAAUGUAA